CUGCUCUACUUAACAGGAAGAUGACCAACCUGUCGGAGAGAGCUCUUUUCGUCUUCUUUACAGCACAGGUGUUUACACUAGUCUGGUCCCAGGCGUGUCCUCGGAGAUGCCUGUGCCCUAAGGAGCCCCCCAUGUGUUUCCCCGGGGUGCCUUUAAUCUUAGAUGACUGCGCCUGCUGCCUGGUGUGUGCCCGUCAGAAAGGGCAGUUCUGCUCUGAAAUGAAUCCCUGUGACACACGGAAAGGGCUGCAGUGUGAAUACACCGCCGACGUCCACAAGCGCAUCGGUAUCUGUGCCGCUCAUGAGGGAGAUGUGUGUGUUUUGGACGGUUCUGUGUAUCAGAACGGCCAGACCUUCUUCCCCAGCUGUAAGUACCAGUGUUUUUGCAGGGAUGGGCAGAUCACCUGCAUGCCGCGCUGCAACUUGGACGUGAUGCUGCCCGGGCCGGACUGCCCCAUGCCGCGCAGGGUCCAGGUGCCUGGAGAGUGCUGCGAGAAGUGGGUGUGUGAGCCCCAGGCUGAGGCCAGUGCACUGGGCGGCUUUGCCAUGGCGGCCUAUCGUCAGGAGGACACAGUGAGCUUUGACAGUUUUGACCCCAGCCUGAACUGCAUUGAGCAGACCACAGAGUGGGGCGCCUGCUCUCAAUCCUGCGGCAUGGGGGUGUCCACCAGGGUGACCAAUAAGAACCAUCGGUGUGAGAUGGUGAAGCAGAGCCGGCUGUGCAUGAUCAGACCUUGUGACGACCAGCAGGACCAGACGCAGCUGACACAGCUUGCACAGAGGAAAAGCAGUAAGUGUCAGAGGAUGGUGAGGAGCGACACAGCCGUACACCUCUCCUACAAGAACUGCACCAGCGUCCAGGCCUACAAGCCUCGCUACUGUGGCACCUGCACAGACAGCCGCUGCUGUACCCCCCACAGAACCAAGACCGCGCUGGUGGAGUUCCAGUGUGCCAACCGUAAAGCCACCAGGAGACCGGUCAUGGUGAUCCUGACCUGUGCCUGCCACAGCCACUGCCCCAGAGACAACGCUGUGUGGCAGCCAUCAGAGCUGGGAUACAGUGGUUACAGGUCAUAAAAGUCACUCUUGAGGUACAUUAUCCUCACUUUAAGACAUGAGUUGCAUUAACUCUAAAUUUUAGAUUAAAACAAGACUUUCUGCGAACUAUCCACAGUGAAAAUAAGAUUUGAUCUGCUUAUUAUGGUCAGAAUCAUGCUUGUAUUCGUAAAAAUGAGAAUCCUUUUUUGUGGUGAAGAUCGUACAGAACUAAAUAGCUCUGUAUCUCUCUCCUGGAGAGGGAUUUAGUUGUGUAACAUCAUUUGGACAAAUAUAUUUACCAUUGUUAAGUAGAAUCAAAGCAAUUAAAAC